GGUUUUCAUCUUGCGGCUGACCCAGCCCGCUAGAAUCUUUCCGCGCUGCUUCUCGCCGAGGCGGCUGCGCGGGAAGUCCCCCUUGGACACGGGGCCCAUGACGUUGGUACACGGUACGCCGACGGCCGUGAGCACGAGCCGCCGGCCCUCGUGCGCGAUGUCGUUGUUGUACCACGUCGAUACGAGGACCGACGGAGACCACUUCGUUUCAAACCGCAAAACGAUCGAGAAAACCCGGUUCUUUGCCAUAGCCGAGAUAUUCCCCAAAGCAUCACAUCUUCACAUCCAUUUCGACUCAAAUCUAAGCCCCGACUUCUUGCUUAGCAGUGCUACACAACAGACGCAGAUAUACGACAACCCAUUAGGCAAAAACCACAGUGGUUAUAAGGCCCACAACUAGAAGCAG